AUGCUGGGCUUGCAGAAGUCUCCAGCUUUACAGCUGAAUGUGGGCUACAACUGCCUGAGCUUUGUCAUAUUGGUACCUUUUGCACUAAUGAAUGUCCAGUGGAAGAAUAAAUCCUUACACCUGUGGCUGACAGGAUUGGCGUACUUGGACCGUCUGGUCUCUUCGCUUCCCUUGUUGCAUUUUGCAUGUGGUCGUGGUCAUGAAGAAAACCUUAUCUCUUGUGAUAACUAUCCAAAUGAAGAGGAGUGCCAGUCCAUCGUCUACGACCGUUUUCACCUGCAGAUGUUGAGUGUGAUGGCGCAAGUCGUGCUAUUGCCGGAGUACAAAUAUUGUUCCUACAUGUGGAUUUGGAUUUUCGUGGCUACCCUUCUCUCAAGCACCUUUGUGGUGGACGAGCGGAUGGGCAGGAUAGACACCGACGACGCCAAAAAUGAGUUCUUUGUGAGGCUGCUACUGCUAUCUUUAGUUCAGAUGGUGGCCAAUAGAAAGAAAUGCACCAUGGAGGAGCAGAAUCGGGCCUUGUUUCUGACGAACAACAAGCGUCCUGGCAGCAGAUCGGUGAUUCUACCCAUGUUGCGUCACGCGCAAGCGCCUGGCACUUCGCUGGCUCAGUUGUCUUACCGAUUCGACUGUGCCUCGGUGCUGUUUCUGGCCUUUGAUCAUUUCGAGGAGAUCCUUCAGCAGUUUUCCCCACCUGAAAUUCUGCAGUUUCUGAACAAAUUCUACAACCGUUUCGAUGUGCUUUGCGCGAAGUGCCACGUGACCAAGAUGGACAAGGUGUCCGCCCUGAGGAUCGAAACGGUGGCCGAGGAAUACGUCUGCGCCGUGGGGGUGCAACCCGGCUCUGAAGCGGAGAGCCCGGAGGAAGGUCUCUGCAAGCUGAAGCUCGGAUCGCCGAAGAUCCCCAAGAUUGCAUUUGCCAGGGAAGUGCUGAGCUAUGAGGAAGCGAUCUUCAGGAUGGGCAUCCAUUCAGGUCCAGUGGUGGCCGGAGUCAUCGGCAACAAGCUGCCGCGGUACCGACUCUUUGGCAACACGGUGAAUAUGGCAGCGCGGAUGAUGCAGAAGGGCCUCCCCGGGGAACUGCAGUUCGGGGAGGAAACGCGCAAGUUGCUGCCCGAGGACGUGCAGGUGACGUACCGAGGAGAGGUCGAGAUGAAGGGCAAAGGGCUCGUGAAGGUGUAUUUGUUGGAUCACAAGGCCCGCACUCACAAGACCUGUCCUUCGCUUCCGGUCUCCAAAGGCGGCCCAGUGAAGACGACCAAGGAACUGUACAAAGCACUUUUGGCGGGCAAAAAUGCUGCUGAGGGUACCUUCUCCGCCUCAUCCAGCGAAUUCAACGAGAUGCUUCGUGAUGUCUUUCGCGACAGCGACACCAUCGGCUGGAGACGUGUUUUGUUCUGGCUUUGCCCUGGCUGGGGACGAUUUCCAAAGGAAUUGGAGCAGGAGUACAGGAAUUGGUAUUUGCAUACAGUUUUCGCAGACGAUUUUAGCUCUGUGCGGCUUCAAAGACAAGCCGUGUUCCUUUUGACCCUAACUGGGGUAGAAACUGGUUAUAUGCUUUUUAUGAGUUCGGGUUUCUACAGCAUGGAGCACUUAGCCAGAGGCAUUCGCUCUUUGCAUCUUUAUUUUGCCCUUCGCGCCACAGCCAUUCUCCUUUUCCUGAGCAUGGCUUGCAUUUGUCCACCUUUCUUGGCGGCCGCACGGCAGCAGUGGUCGCCCCUCGGCAAGCGCCGCUGGUGGCCGGUGCACAUUUUGAGCCAGGCUGGGCACUUCCUGUUUGUCUCAAUCCUGGUGCUGUCCUACUUCCUGCUGCCAGCAUAUGCCAAUAAAGGGAUGUCUUCGGUCCCAGAUAACUUCGUAGCCCUCAUGACGCUGCCAGUCUAUGCUGCAGUCAUGAUGUCGUACCAGCAGGACUUCCUGACGUCCGUGGUGUACAUCGCGGCCUUCGCCGUGAUGAUCGCCGUGCUGGCCGAGAUCCCGGCCACGCAGACCAACGGCUACCCCUCGGAAGGGAUCACCUUCCUGGGGUACAGCAUGAUCUUUGCUCUGAAAGCUUACAUCGGUGAACGGUCGUUCCGAGAUCAAUUCAAGGCGCGCCAUGCCAUCAACGACUGCAAGGUGCACAUUGAAGGCAUUUUGGAAACCUUGAUGCCCGAACGCGUCAUCGACGAACUGCAGAGGAUGCCGCCCGGAGCCAGCGCUCCAUCGCACCAAUACUAUCGCGCCACCCUGGUGCAGUCAGAUCUCAUUGGCUUCACCAGCAUGGCGAGCUUAAAGCCUCCGGAAUGGGUGGUCCAGGCCGUUUGUGACCUUUUUGGCGAGUUCGAUGAGCUGGCGGAGGAGUAUGGCAUCUACAAAGUGGAGACCGUGGGCGAUGCCUACAUUGCGGGUCAAGCAGAGCUCCCGUUGACGGAAGAGAACUAUCCACCCAGUGUCGUCCAAUUUGGUUUGAAGAUGGUCCAGGUCACCAAGCGUUGGUCCAUGGCGGCAGAGGAAUCCAUCGGUGUGCGCGUGGGGCUGCAUUCAGGCCAGUGCAUCGGAGGCAUCGUGGGCAUGGACAUGCAACGCUACCAUCUCUUCGGAAAGCUGAUCCAUGAACUGCAGCUGCUCGAGUCCACGGCUCCUGAGAAUGGCCUGCAAGUGAGUCACGCCUGCAAGGCCGCGGUGGAGCAAGCCUGGAACGUGGAUAGAGGCAUUGGCUCGCCUCCUCGAGGCCUUGACCGUUCACCUCCACGACCCCGCAACGGCUUCGAGUGCCACGGCUUCGAGUUCUUGGAGCGUCCGGAGAUGCAGUUGACCACCUCCAAGGUGGAGACCGUGCCCGUGCGUUGGGUGCGGCUGCCCUGGCUGAUCGUUCGAGGUGGAGAUUUGAAAUUCAACUACGAGGGCCUUCUGACUGGUGAGUUUCACUCUUUCACCCUAUUCAAUGUUCGUUUGAGCAAGCAGUUUCCUGUGCCAGUUGUUUCGGCCACAAAGGAUACCAUGGUUUUAGGAGAUGGAAGAGGUGAGCUGGACACCAGGGCGAAUUGUCUCACCAAAACUCUCAAUGCUGCCAUUGCACUCCAUGCUUAUGCGGUGAUUUUGGAAAGUGUAGCCCCGGCAGCCCAAGACCAAUUCGUGAAGGCUGAACUGCUCAGAUUUUGCCGUAGCACUGGUUUCACUUGUUCGCAGACGGAACUCCGCCUCGACCAUGUUUGGCCAUGCCGCAGGCAGAGAGCUUGGUGGAUUCUGACCGCCCCAGAAAUCGGUGAGAUCAAGCUGUCCCCAUGGAAACCUUUGGAUAAUUUGUGGGAAACCCAGCAAAUCAUUCCUGAAAUUCGUUUAUGGGAUCAAAAUGAUGAGCAGCAAUUGAGUUUGGACCACCAAGAACUGGAAGCUUUUGGGGUGACCAACAACACACAUGCCAAGCACAUGCUGAAUGCCAAAGGAGUGGCAUAUCGCUCAUGGAUGCUUUUGCGAUGCCGUCAGGUUUGGCCCUCGCAUGAUGAAGUGAUUCGUGAUGACAAAUUGCUUUCCCUGAUUGGUUUCUGGAAGGAUUACAGUGACCUUUCUCUUGCUGAACUUGUGUAUCCGAUGCGUUGGGAGGGCAAAAUCACGGGUUCAGUUAGUAUCGCCUCAGUCCUUGAUUUUCUCAUCCGAACAAAGGAGACCAUUCCAGAAACUCUCUCGGAUGUCUCACAGCAUGAAGAUGAGCCGACCCCGUGGAUGGAUUGCCCAAUCAUCUCUGAUGACCCUACGACCGUAGGGUGCAUGCAAGCUGACUCGUGCACGGUUGUGAUUGAGGGUACCAGUGACUCCCCUAUCCGUUUUCAGCCCAAGUGUUGUGCCACUGUUUCACAGUUCUUGAAUGCUCAUGCCAAAUUGGUUGAAACAUUGGAUGUUGAGGCCAUUACACUGAAUGGUUCCAUCAUUCCUUUGGAGCAUGUCAUGGAAGUGGGGCAGGUGAUUGUGAUCCGUACUCGGAAGCUACAUGGAUCCCAAGAGGAGAUGCAGGUUGUCCAUGAUGUUUCACCCACGGUUGAAUGGUCACAGCCAGUGCAAGAUCCGAUUGAAGCUUUUUCUCCCCCGCGCAAGGUCUUGAAGACUUCCAAGUUUGAUGUUGGCGAAUGUGGUGUCCCGCCUAGUGGACUCUUGCCUGAUCAGCCAUGGUUGGAUGCCACACCAUUUCUCCAGCUGCAAGGUGAGCAAUUUUUGAAACUCUCACCACCAAUGUUGGCGAAUACCCAGCAAUUGUGGUCAGUGAGGCACCAGUUCUUCCGAACGAAUGAUCGUCUCCAAAUCCUGGAGGCCCAACAGCAAUUUUGGGCUGACGAUGAAAUCCGUUUUCAUUUGAAUGCUUUGAUUCCUGCCUUUCGUGACUAUCAGCUUCAGGGUAAGUCUCCGGUGGUUCCACUUUGCGUCAUUGACCCCUUGAUUACGACCUCAUGGGUUUCUGGCAAAGGGUUUGAUUGCAGUUUUUGGGCAAAAGAUCACCCUGAGAUCUUUCAAGCAGGAAUCCCAAUCAUCACUGUGGUCCUCAUUGACAAACAUUGGGUUCCGGUUCACAUGACCCCUAUUCAACAGGUGCUCCAUGUCUCCACAUGGGACAAAGCUGAUGCUGUUCAUGAAGGGCUGAACCAUGUCAUUCACACUCUGGCUGUUUCACUGGGAUUUGAGAGCGCUCUGAUUAGGACAAGGUAUGUUUCGGCGCUUCAGAGAAGUGACAUAGUGGACCGUCCCUGGAUUUGGGGUGCGGGUGAUGCUCAGGAGUCGACACCACAGUCAUCGGUGGUUGAAAUCCCCACCGUGAACAUCACCCGGGAUCAAAGAAUUGAUCUCAUCAAUGAAAGGGGCACAGCCAUGGCUGAUGAUGAAAUGCGUUUCCACCUGAUCAAUCUUGUUGAGAAACAACCUGUUACCAAUUCCUUGCUGGGGCGUUCUUUUACCUUCCUUGAGCCGUUGGUAUUCAAUUGUUGGAGUUCCAUUGGGAAAAUCAUUGUGGAACAAUGGUGUGCACGUAACACUGAAGUUCACACCCAAGGGGUCAAUGUGGUCACCGCGUUUGCUGUUGAGGGGCAUUGGAUUCCGGUUUGGUUUUCACCCAGAAGCACAGUCAUGCAAGUGCACAUGCUCCAGGCUGAAGGCAUUGAUUUCACCCAGCUUGAGGAAGUUUUUGAACUGAUUGCUCACAAAUUGGGUUUUGAGACUUUCGUCCUUCACAAAGUGCCGGAUGGCUUGUUAGGCGUGGACGUCAGCCGCUCCCUCCAGGACGUGUUUCUGACCGACAGACACUUGCGCAUGACCCUCCUACUGCCAGUUCAUCCGGUCUUGUCCUCGUCGGUGUCUUGCCACUUGCCUGAUGCUUCUGGACAUACCGAUAUUUGCUCACAGCCAGGGGAAUCCGGGCCACUCCCUAUAAUGCCCGUGGAACAGCAUGAGGAAAUUGCCAGCCUUUCGGCCCUGUCCAGGAACGUGCAGAUCUCCCACCCGGGUCUUGGGGUGUCGUCAAUGCCUGGGGCACCUGUUUCACUCCCUGUGAGUACUCAUUGCCCAAACCAUGACCAUGAUGUACAAGCCAAAGGUGGCCAGAUUGAUGAUGCCUUGUCUCCUGUGUCCACACACUCAAGGGAAUCCGGGCCACUCCCUAUAAUGCCCGAUGAACAUGCCCUGCACCCGGCAGAGUCACCUAGGCAUGGUGAUGACAGUGAUGAGAUGUCAGCCCAGCGCCAGGCACGACUUCUGCAAGUAACGUCCCAUAGCUAUGCCAUGGCCGAUGAUGAGAUGCAUUUUCAGCUCCAGCAUCUGAUGCAGUGUCACGUCCCUGACGGUGUGCGUAGCUUCACAUUUGCUCCUCCACUGUACGUUUUUCAAUGGAUGUUGGGGGACCCGACUGGCCUGGACGAGUGGAUUCAUGAAAGUUGGAAAGUCCGAGAUGCUGAUAUGACUCAUUUAAUGGUUGCAUAUCUGAUUGAAAGCCAUUGGAUUCCUGUUUGGUUUUCACCCUGCCCAGCUGGCCUACAGGCCCACACACUUGCUGCCUUUGCAAGUGAUGAGCCCCUGGUGGAUUCGGUCUUGCACCUGUUUGCUGCCAAACUUGGGAUGCCACUGCAUGUGAUUCACCGUGUGCCUCAUGGUCUGGAGGUUGAUCGCUUGUGUGGUGUGAUGACCCUGAGCUUUUUUGCACAUAUCAUGAUGCGGACUGCCAUGCCUCGCGCUGUUGAGGAACUGCACACUAGGUGCUGGAAGAUGAAGGAAGUUUUUGCUCGUGCCCUUCAGAGUGGUCCUUUCACACAACCCACUGCCUGGGGGUGGGGAUGUUCUUGGGAAUGCAGGCCACUCCCUAGAAUGCCUGCUUGGUGCGACGUUCUUGCACUCAUUGAGGAUGCUUUUGACAUCCAGCACAGCGUAGGUAGGCUCAACGCCUUGCAGUGCAUGCCCUUGAUGCCGCAGGUCCCGUAUGGUAUGUCCUUUGAGGAGAUGUCUGUACAUGUUGCCACCUUGGCCUGUUGUGCACCAGUCCUAAGUUCUUGUGCAGUAGCUGUUGGACGAUCUCAAUUGGAGGCCAAGAUUUCGGAUUUUCUGCAAAGCCCAUGUGAAGUGUUCUGUUGUGCCCUGCUGCUUGAGCACCAUUGGAUGCCUGUCCUUGCCUACAAAGAUGGAUCAGGUGCCUAUGUGUUCCUGGAGAAGGAUCGGUUGUUGAGCCAAUUCCAUGGUUGCCACACGGUCUUCAUUCCUGCGACUGAUUUUCCAUUUUGCGGUGCUGCUACUUGGGCAGUUCUGGCCCGGGUUUGGAUGGUGAGUGAGAUCUUAGGGGACCUUCGUGAGCUCCGUUCUUUGUUGUUCCUGCUGGCUCCUGAACAGGUUUCACCAUCAACAAUGGUUGGCUUUGGACCCCAUGGACACCUGUUCAAAAACUUGUGUGCUGAACUCUCCAAGCAUGGCAUCCCUGAACACAUGAUUGAGGAACGUGCACACGCUGCCAUCAAGGUAUUGGGAAGUGAACAGCUCCUCGCAGCCCUGAAUCACCGACAACCAUGGCGGCAGUUGAAAGCGCUGGGAAACAAUUCGAAAUUCCAGUUUGUCUUACCGAGUGAAUUGGCCAAAGCCAUUGAAACGCAAAAGGGCCGUCCUGUCGCCAAAGGGAAGGGAAAGGGUAAAGCCAAGCCUAUUCCAACACCUGUUGACCUUGACCCUGCUAAGUUGCAAGUCUUGGAAGGUACCUUCCGUUUUCAAGACCGAGUCCUUCCUCAGUUGACCACACAGCAAAUUGGUCCCCUGAGCAGCGGUGUCAUUCUCAUGUCUCACCAGGAUGCUGAGCCGUAUCUGAAGUCCGGGAAGCUUGUUUCACAGGAACCUUUGGCCUUAAUUGUGCUGCAUAGAGCCGAUAAGCCAGUUCAGACUAUGCUUCCACAUGCCCUGAUCUCCGUCCCCUGCCGAUGCAUGAUUGACAGUGAGCCUGUAUUGAUUGACGCUGUUCUUGUUCAGGUUGGCACUGGCCUGGUUGAAAAGACUGUUGGAACUUCGUUGCUUACGGUUGACACACCCGAUGUAGUGACGUUGAAGGUAUUGGUAUACAAGGAUGAACUGCACGGGGAUUGGCCUGACUUCUGUCAGUCUCCUAUCAAGUGCUUGGUUGGCAUGCUUCCAAUGCUGAAGAGAUGUUUCACCGAAAACUGUUCAUGUGAAGGGUGGCACAAUCCGGAAAAACUCCCCAUCCGUGACCCGAUCAUUGAUGUUUGGCGCCGGCAGUAUCUCCGCCAAGGGUUCAAGCCUUGUCCGCCAGCUGAGGCUGAAUUCUUCUCGGUCUGCCUGAGGAUCCCAAUGUGCCUCUUGGAAGUCAUGUUAGGAGCAAGUGGUGUCUCGGGAGUUUACUGUGAGCCACGCACGGCCGAUGGCAAGGAAGUCCUCCCGAGUUACACUGUCAUCUGGACGCCAAAACACUCCCUGCAGGAGAUGAGGCAUAUAAUGCAGACCAACCCGGCGGUGAUUGGCCUGGCGAGAUUGGCUGACCGUCGAGGAUUACGGGUCCGAAGUGCCCAGGCAAAGACCAUCCAUGAAUUGGUCAGACCUGAUACGGUGUAUCUGCCCAGUGGACCAAAGGGACAUUACACUGUAGGCCCGUUCCCCUAUGGAGUUGAUCGACAGGCAGUGGGACGUAUCCUGCACAAAGCUGGAUGGGAAUGUCGCCCUCUUCAACCUGCAGCACCGUGUCCUGGCAAAGGAGUGAUGUGGACUGUCCAAUCUGCAGAGGAGCCUUCGCAAACCAUCCUCAUGACCACCUCCGGUGAAAUCAUGAUUUCUAAGGUCAAGCAAGAUGCAGUAUCACCCUCUGCGCCGUCCCUAACCGUGGGAUCUGCUGCCACUUUGGCAUUGUGUGGACGACCUGCGGAAGGUAAUGCCAGUGAUGACCCUUGGGCUAUCCAUGAUCCCUGGAAACGGUAUCACCCCGCCAGCACUGCGGUGACGGGUCCAUCGGAAGGCCUGCAACAAAUUGAAGAUCGCAUCCAGACAGCGGUCCUCGCAAAGAUUCAGCCACCCAUGGAGCAGGACGACCUCCCUGAUCGGGUCAUGACACUUGAAGGUCAAGUGCAGCACCUGCUUGCAAAGCAGCAGGGUUUGGAGACUCAGUUUCAAGAGCAUAGUAGUCACCAUUCCCAGCAAAUCACUGCCCUGCAAGGUCAAGUCUCUGCCCAGGCUCAGCAGCUUCAUGGUCACCUCGAGAAUCAAAACCAGACCAUGCAGUCGCUUUUCGAACAGCAGAUGCAACAGAUCCGUGGCCUCUUAGCCAAACGCCCAAGGGAAGAAGGUCUCCCUGGCAAGGCACCAUAUCUUGUUUCACAACUGGCCCAAGGGGAUAUUUGGGCUGUGUCUGAGACCCAUUUGAGCUCCCAGGCAAUGAGUCAAUUUUGUGCCAGUAUGCGCUUUGCAAAGAGCCCUUACAAGUAUGUGAUUGGUGGGCAUCCUGUCCCGGCACAGACUGAUCGCACGCAGCAUGCUAGCUGGCGUGGGGUUGCACUGAUUUCCAAGUUUCCUUCCAGAGAAGUCCCGACACACCUUCCUGAAGAUGUUCGACACUCGUCAAGGGCUUUGAUCACCACCUCCCUAGUACAGGACACUUGGAUUACUGGGGGCCUUGUGUAUGAGGAACCUGAAAGUAGUGCUUACCCAUUUCGAAAGACCAACAAUGAGCGUCUCCUCCAUGAGGUGGUAAACCAUGUUUGUUGUCUCACCAAGGGACCCAGGUAUGUUGCCGGCGACUGGAACACUGCCCAGCAUGAGCUCCCAGUUUUUGCACGGCUUGAAGAGGCUGGCUUUGCUGAUAUUCAAGAUGUAGCCAACCGCCGGUGGGGUCUCCCGCCUAUGCCAACGUGCAAAGGGGUUACCAGAAAGGAUUACUUGUACCUAUCCCCGGAAUUACAACAAUUGUUGCUCUCGGUGGAAGUGUAUCCUGAUGUGUUCCCUGACCAUGCUGUGCUCAUGGGAGUGUUUCACUCAAUGCGAGAGCUACUCCCGAAACAAAUCUGGUUUUCACCAUCCCAAUUUCCAUGGCCGGUUGAUUGGAAUGUAGAUGUGCAAUUUUGGCAUAAUGCGACUGGAACUUGUGAAGAGCGUUACCGCUCCUUAUGGCGACAUAUAGAAGACCAGGCGGCACAAGAGGUUCCGUUUCCUGUGCCCUCCAAUGCCAAGGGCCGGGCACGUACAAUGACCACUGCCCCUGUUAUUGCCGGUAAGGUGCCUCCUCCGAGGUGUGCCAGGAAGGGUGACAUCCGGCCACAAUUUGUAUGUGCCUCCUUUCGGCAUGCCCAAUGGUUGCGUCAGACAAGAAGACUCCAGGCGUAUUGUCGAUUUGCCAAAAGUAAUGAUGUUGUUACCACCCAUGGAUGUGCUGUUUGGGGAGCCAUUGUGAGGGCGAAAGGGUUUCACCCGACAUUUUCUCAGUGGUGGGGCCAAUCCACCUUGCGCACUGUUGGGGCGCCUGCUGUUUUGCCAAUCAUGCCUCCGCCUUUUGCUGUUGCCCAACAUGUCCUGGAGUCAGUGUGCCUUGCUCUCCGGCGACUGGAACAGGAACUGCAGCAGUCCUCGAGACUUUAUGCCAGGCUCAAGCGUGACAGCAACCCUAAUGUGAUUUUCCAGGAUCUGAAGUCUCACCCUGACCAGGGGGUGCAUGUUUUGCUUCAACCUUCGACUGCUAAGGUCCUUGAGGUGCGUGAAGAUGAUUGUUCGGUUGUCCUUGAUAAACCCAUGCAGUUUGACCCCUUGUUGCCUGUUGUUUGCACUGCCGUCCCCUUACCCAUCAUUCAUGCUGAACAUGAUUGUGUGUGGCUUGAGAACUUGGAGGGUGUUGCGGUUGGCAGCACGGUUACACAGGUGACACGUGUUGGUACAGAUGAGGACUUGUUUCACCUGUUUUUGACUGCCUGGAAAGAAAUGUGGGAGCGACAUACCCAUGUACCACAAGAGCGCUGGAACACCAUUUUGGAGUUUGCCCGCCAGCACUUGCCCAGAUUGCAGUUUUCAUGGCCUUCCAUCACCGCUGACACCUUGCGUCACUGCAUUUCCCACAAAAAGCCUUUGACCUCUGGUGGCCUAGAUGGUGUUUCCCUCAGGGAUCUGGAAGCCAUGCCCCAUGCAGCCCUUUGCAACUUUGCCGAUAUUUUCCAGUAUGCGGAGCACACCGGCUCCUGGCCGACCCAAAUUGUAGCUGGCCGUGUGGCCUGUAUUGCAAAAACGCCUGUUCCCAAGCAAGCCCUGGAUUUUCGCCCCAUUACUGUGCUAGGCCUUCUCUACCGCUGCUGGGGGACCUUUCAGGCGAGACAGGUGAUCCAAAGGUUAGAUGAGUUUCUGCCUAUGGGACUUUUUGGGAGCAGGUCAAACCGCUAUGCGGGCCAGGUUUGGUCCCAGUUGCUUUGGUCGAUUGAGCAGGCGUAUGAACAGGCCAUUGAGCUCUGUGGGAUCAUUGCUGACAUACAAAAAGCUUUUAACUUUUUGCCUCGGCAGGUUGUCUUUGAGUGUUGUGCUAUUGUAGGUCUCCCUUUUCCGCUGCUGCGAGCGUGGGCCGGUGCCCUCACUACCAUGCCCCGUCGCUUUCAGUUGAAUGGGGCGAUGAGCCCCCCUGCCUACAGCAACUGCGGUUUGCCCGAGGGAUGUGCCUUGUCAUGUGUUGGGAUGAUGGUGGUUGACAUGGUUUACCAUGCUUGGAUGACACACUUCUUCCCCAUGUGUCAGCCUCUUUCGUAUGUCGAUGAUUGGCAGGUUUUGUUGACUGAUCCUGACAUGUUGCAGCCAGCCUUGCUUUGUUUGGAACGUUUCACUCAGGCGAUGGAUCUAUUACUUGACCAGAGGAAGACACACACAUGGGCGGUCAGUAACCGAGGGCGGCAGUUGCUGCGUGACCAGGGUCUUGACCUUAUUGUUGGGGGAAAGAACUUAGGUGCCCAUGUCCAGUUCACAAGGUUGCACACUAACCGCUCCCUGAUGGCACGUGUUCAAGAGGGACAGCCCUUGUGGCAACGUUUGCGCCUUUCUCCAUGUGGAUAUCCUGCCAAAGUCCGAGCCAUUCGUGUUGCCGCCUGGCCACGAUGUUUGCAUGGAGUGCCUGCGACGACGCUGGGCUUAGCCACUUUCCAAUUGCUCCGCUCGAAUGCAAUGCGUGGGCUACGAGCCGAGGCUGCUGGAGCAAAUCCGAUGGUCCACCUCGGUCUGAUAGAAAGACCUGCCACUGACCCGCACUGUUGGUCUAUCUUGCAAACCCUACGUCUCACCAGGGACUGCGGCAUGCAUGAUCGAGUCCAACAGGUUUUGAGUGCAAUUGCUGGUGGUUCCGAUGCUUACCCUGCCAACAGCAUCACCAACACCCUUUGCACCCGCCUUCAAUUCCUUGGUUGGCAUAUUGAUAGUAAGGGGUUAGUAGUUGAUCAUCGGGGUAAGUUUUCACUGUUUGGUAUUUCCAUGCCUGAGCUCCAGUAUCGGGUUGAGAUGCAAUGGACACAUGUGGUGGCUGCUGCCACCGAGCACCGUAGCUGUUUCACCGGGCUGGAGUCCUGUGAUGCCGCAGCCACGCGCCAGUGGCUCGGUACCCUUGAUGGCGCUGACCAAGCAUUGUUCAGAAAGGUGUUGAAUGGAACCCACUUCACGCAGGAUGGCAAAAUGCACUGCCAGGAGACUUCGUCUGAUGAGUGCCCAUUUUGUGAGUGUAGUGACAGUAGAUACCAUUGGUUUUGGGAAUGCCCUAGGUUUGAAACUAUGAGAGAACACAUCCCAGCGGCAGCACGCAAAUGCAUUUCUGAACUGCCAGAAGCGCUUACCUGUGCUGGCUGGUUCCUGCAGCCAACGACCAUGCAAGAGUGGAACUCCUUUUUUGCCAACUUGUCUCCUCCGCCCUUGCCAUGUUUCACUCACCAGGGUGAUUUGUUUCUCUUUACUGAUGGAAGCUGCCAUGAUCAACACAACAUUAACCAGCGAUUUGCAGGUUUUUCAGUUGUUUCUGCCUCAUGUGAAGCGGUGCAUGAUUGUACUGGCAGUCAGAUUUUGGACUCAGGGCAUGUACCAGGUCUCUUGCAGAGUGCCUAUCGUGCGGAAAUUUUUGCAGUACUCAGGGCCCUUCAAAUUGUCCAAAACCAUGAGGGACGUGUGUUUCUUUGGUCUGACUGUGAUGGGGUGGUACGACGGCUCAAGCGUUUGAUUUCUGGGCAUGCCAUUAGCGCUAACAGUAGCCAUUUUGACCUUUGGGAAGAAAUCCUUAAACUUGUCAAACAACGUGAUGGAACUCUGUUUGUUGCCAGGGUUUCCGCUCACCAGCAUGAUGAUGCCGGCGAUGUCUACGCUGAAUGGUGCUUCCGCCAUAAUGGAAUAGCAGACCGGCAAGCUGUUCGGGCCAACCUGACCCGAAGUGCUGAGUUUUGGAUUAUGUGGAAGCGCCAUUGCAUUGCUUGUGAGGGUAUUGAUUGGUUUAAUGGUGUGGUUCAUGAGGUUCAAUUGGCUAUCAGCCGGGAGGUUACACGCCAAGAAACCCCGGUUCUGGCCCAACCUUUGCAUGAGCCAGCAAGCAUGUGCCCGUGUCCAGACUGGGUCUCGCUGCCUCCUUUGUGCCUGCCCGCAGCAGCUGUCCGAUGGUAUGGGGAGUCACUUGUCAGACACAUUGCGAGUUGGUUCUGGUCGGCUACAUACUCAGGUGGCUAUGACAUGGUAUGGGUGUCUCACUUUCAGCUGUAUGUGGAUUUCAUGCUGACGACGGGUAUGCCUGGACCGGUCAAGCGAGAGCGAUGGUGCGAUGGGCGAACUUUGUCCACUCUUUGUUUGGGCAACUAUACGUUUCGCACCCGCUCGCGGUGGUUUAUCAAGGUCUUGAAAGAGAUUUUGAGGCACAUGCAGGUUUCACUGUCUGCUGAUUAUGGGCGGCCGGCCUCUCAGAUGGUCCUCAUGCACACCGGCAUUGUUGCUGUACCAUGGGCCCCUGAUAGGCUCCGUCAGGUCGAUGAGUGGAUGCUGCGCCAUGGAGGCAACACUUUCCGCAGGCAGUCUGCGGCUAUUGACAGCCUCCCUUGUGCUGAUAGAUCACCUUCGUUUCCACCACAUCUUGUUUCAACCAUUGGCCUCUGA